AAUAUCAUAUAGAAUAUAACGGUUUCAAAGAUGUCUACUUAUAGAUCAUAUCAACAAGUGCUAAAUAUAGCCAUUCAACCAAAGAUUGCAAAAAGUUCAAUCUCAAAAAAGAGUACUAUUGGGGUCUCUAAGAAAACUACUUCUAUUACUAAUAACAAUAAUCAUAAUAACAACGAUCCAAAUGUGAAAAGAAGAACUAAAACAGGUUGUUUAACUUGUAGAAAGAGAAAGAAGAAGUGUGAUGAAGAUAAAGUUAAUGGUAAAUGUCAAGGAUGUACUAGAAACUUUUUAGAAUGUUGUUGGCCUGAAGCUACUGUUAAUGUAUCAUCAUCCAUUCCAAAAAUUACAACUAUUACCACUAAGAUCUUGGAAAAGUGUACUCCACUUGUUAUCAGAUCAUCUUCACCAACUUUACCAUUAUUAAAAUCAACUAAAUGUUCAAUUAGUUCAUUAUUAAUUCAAGAAACUGAUGUUAAACCUGAAAUUAAAGUUGAAGUUCCACCUCAACAAAUCCUUAAUCCAUAUCCAUCUCCUUCACAAUCACCACUUUCUGAUGCUAAACAUGAAAUCAAUGAUAUCAGUUUUAUCUCAUUACCUCCUUUAUUAAAUGUUCCACCAUAUAAAAUCACUAAUAAAGAUAGUAAUAUUAGAGGCAGUGGUAAUAUUAAAAUUGAAGAAUCUAAACAAGAUGACAGAGUGGUGGUUGCACCAGCAUCUCCAGUUACUUCAACUAGAAGUAGUAUUGUCGAAGCCAAUACUGCUAAGUUUAUCAUUACAUCUAUCAAUGAAAACAAGGAUUUAUGUCAAGUUCCAACCAACUAAUUACAUCAAUUCAUUUAUUUACACAUUUCAAUUCUGGGUUCACUGGGGUCACUUUUAAUAAGUCUUUUUAAAGUCUUACUACUUGAUGAUCAUUUAUCUUACUUAUUUAUUCUAUACAUUUCUUGGGUUUAUAAUGGCGCUUUAAUACAAUUUUCAAUGAACAUGGUAUUUGUUCAAUUUGUAUAAAUCAUAAUUUAACAGUGU